ACCCCACUCCGAGAGGAGAUCAGGCUAAACUACUAGCCUGGCCCACAGUGCCAGAGCCGGACUGUCCCAGGCCUUUCCCAUCCUGAUUUACGGGAACUCGCGCUAGUGAUCAAUCAUCCUUAAUUUUUAACGGGGCAGUGUCCUGAACCAGCCAAUAGCCGAGACUGCCCCCCGACACCCCACCCUCACUGACCUUCUGCGACUGUCCACUCAGUCUGCCUGAAGCUGCCUAGCGACCAAGAACUUGGACCAGGUCGCAGCUGACGUCGCUGCCCAGAUGGCCUCCAGGCUGACCCCGCUGACCCUCCUGCUGCUGCUGCUGGUUGGGGAUAGAGCCUUCUCAGAUUCAGAAGCUGCCAGCCACAGCAUCCAGGACCCAUUGGUCACUCAAAAGGAAAGCAGAGACAUCGUCCCUGAGAGAGAUGGCCCCUGGAGUUCAAGUAAACAUACAGUACAGUCUUCUACCUGGCCAACGACCAAUGCACCAACCAAAAACACAGCUGACACCACCCAGAACACCCAACCGAUGGCACAACUACCCACAGAUUCUCCCAGCCAGCCCCCUAUGAAUGCUUCUGGCCAGUCCCCCAUGGAUUCUUCUAAUAAGCCCUCCAUAACCACAGAUCCUUCCAACCAGUCCCCCAUGAAAGCUUCUGGCCAGCCCCCCAUGAAUGCUUCUGGCCAGUCCCCCAUGGAUUCUUCUAGCAAGCCCUCCAUAACCACAGAUCCUUCCAGCCAGCCCCCCAUGAAUGCUUCUGGCCAGCCCCCUAUGAAUGCUUCCGGCCAGGCCCCUAUGAAUCCUUCAGGCCAGUCCCCCAUCGAUCCCUCCAGUCAACCGUCUACAACCACGGAUCCUCCCACGCAGGCUCCCACCAAACCCUUCUGCUCAGGGCCACUUGCUCAGUGCUCUGACUCAGACAGAAAGUCCUCAGAGGCUACCCUGGCGGAGGCUUUGACCGAGUUUUCCAUGAAGCUCUACCGCGCCUUCUCAUCCACCAAGAAGGCUGAGACCAACAUGGCCUUCUCCCCAUUCAGCAUUGCCAGCCUCCUGACGCAGGUCCUUCUCGGGGCUGGAGACAGCACCAAGAGCAACCUGGAGGACGUCCUUUCCUACCCCAAGGACUUUGCCUGUGUCCACCAGGCUCUGAAAGCCUUUUCAUCCAAAGGUGUCACUUCUGUGUCCCAAAUUUUCCACAGCCCGGACCUGACUGUCAGGGACACCUACGUGAAUGCCUCUCAGACCCUUUAUGGAAGCAGCCCCAGAGUCCUAGGCCUGGACAGUGAUGCUAACUUAGAACUCAUCAACACCUGGGUGGCCAAGAACACCAACCACAAGAUCAGCCAGCUGCUGGACAGCCUGCCCUCUGACACCCGCCUUGUUCUGCUGAAUGCUGUGUAUCUGAGCGCCAAAUGGAAGAAACCAUUUGAGCAAAAAACUCAGAAGUCACCUUUCCUCUACAAAAACUCUGUGAUUAAAGUGCCCAUGAUGAGCAGCAAAAAGUACCCUAUGGCCCACUUCAGUGACCAGACUCUGAAGGCCAGGGUGGGACAGCUGCAGCUCUCUCACAACCUGACGUUUGUUGUCAUGGUGCCUCAGAGCCAGAAGCACAAACUUGAAGACAUGGAGGAGGCUCUCACCCCCACUGUCUUUAAGGCAGUCAUGAGGAAGCUGGAGCUGUCCAGAUACCAGUCCACCUACCUGGUAAUGCCUCAGAUAAAAGUGAAGAGCAACCAGGACAUGCUGUCAAUCAUGGAGAAGAUGGACUUCUUUGACUUCUCUGAUGAUCUCAACCUGUGUGGGCUGACCGACGACCCAGCUCUUCAGGUGUCUUCCAUGAAGCACCAGACGGUGCUAGAGCUGACAGAGACGGGCGUGGAGGCCGCUGCGGCCUCAGCCGUCUCUGUGGCCCGAAACUUAUUCAUCUUUGAGGUUCGGCAGCCCUUCCUCUUCCUGCUCUGGGACCAGCAACACAAGUUUCCAGUCUUCAUGGGCCGGGUGUACGACCCCAGGGCCUGAGACAGGCAGGAGUCGGGCUCGAAUCAGCCGGCCUACCCAGGCUUCCACUUAUCCCGUGAUUGCCUUCCCUGGCCCCUUCCAGCCUUAGGAUUGGGCAGAGGGAACUGUUUUCAUCCUCAGCCCCCAUGGCACCGACAUGCUCUCUAAACCACUUUUUGCAGCUUUAUGGGUCGAGUUUACCAGACUCUACAAAUAAAACUUGCAGACAUUU